UUCAUCCCAGAGAUUCCGAUCAGCACCAACAGCAGCAGCUCCGUAGACCAAAUCCAAGUGGAAUAUGUUCAAGUUACUCGGUUUGACGCUGCUCAUGGCGAUGGUGGUCCUUGGGCGACCGGAGCCACCAGUCAACUCGUAUCUACCUCCGUCCGAUAGCUAUGGAGCACCGGGUCAGAGUGGUCCCGGCGGCAGGCCGUCGGACUCGUAUGGAGCUCCUGGUGGUGGAAACGGCAAUGGUAAUGGCGGACGGCCAUCGGACAGCUACGGAGCACCAGGCUUGGGUCAGGGACAAGGACAAGGUGGAUUUGGAGGCAAGCCCUCAGAUUCCUAUGGUGCUCCUGGUGGCGGUAACGGCAAUGGCAAUGGCGGUCGUCCUUCGAGUAGUUACGGCGCUCCUGGCUUGGGUCAAGGACAGGGCCAAGGACAAGGCGGCUUCGGCGGCAAACCUUCGGAUUCUUAUGGUGCUCCUGGUAAUGGCAACGGCAACGGAGGACGACCAUCGAGUAGCUAUGGUGCUCCUGGCCAAGGCAACGGAAAUGGCGGUCGUCCUUCGAGCAGCUAUGGUGCUCCUGGUGGCGGUAACGGUGGACGUCCUUCGGACACUUAUGGUGCUCCUGGCGGAGGAAAUGGUGGACGUCCAUCGGACACCUAUGGCGCUCCUGGUGGCGGAAAUGGAAACGGCAACGGCGGUCGUCCUUCAAGCAGCUACGGUGCUCCUGGUCAGGGUCAAGGUGGAUUUGGUGGACGCCCUUCGGACUCCUAUGGUGCUCCUGGUCAGAACCAAAAGCCAUCCGAUUCUUAUGGCGCCCCUGGUAGCGGUAAUGGCAAUGGUAAUGGCGGUCGUCCUUCGAGCAGCUAUGGAGCUCCAGGAUCAGGACCUGGUGGCCGACCCUCCGACUCAUACGGACCCCCAGCCUCGGGAUCUGGACCAGGUGGUGCUGGAGGCAGUGGACCCGGUGGAUCUGAUUACGAAAACGAUGAGCCCGCCAAGUACGAAUUUAAUUACCAGGUUGAGGACGCGCCCAGCGGACUCUCGUUCGGGCAUUCAGAGAUGCGAGACGGUGACUUCACCACCGGCCAGUACAAUGUCCUGUUGCCCGACGGAAGGAAGCAAAUCGUGGAGUACGAGGCCGAUCAGCAAGGCUACAGGCCACAGAUCCGUUACGAGGGAGAUGCUAACGAUGGCAGCGGUGCCAGCGGUCCUGGCGGUCAAAAUCUGGGUCCCGAUGGCUACUCCAAUGGACGUCCUGGCAAUGGUAAUGGCAACGGCAACGGUGGCUACUCCGGUGGUCGUCCUGGUGGUCAGGAUCUGGGACCAAAUGGUUACUCUGGUGGUCGCCCAGGGGGUCAGGACUUGGGUGCAGGUGGUUAUUCCGGUGGACGCCCAGGUGGUCAGGACUUGGGUCCAAGUGGAUACUCCGGUGGUCGCCCAGGCGGUCAGGACUUGGGACGCGAUGGUUACUCCGGUGGACGACCCGGUGGCCAGGACCUAGGCGCAGGAGGCUACUCCAACGGCAGGCCAAGCGGCAAUGGUGGCAAUGGAAAUGGUGGAUCCGAUGGCGGUCGUGUGAUUAUCGGUGGUCGAGUGAUUGGCGGCCAGGAUGGCGGUGAUCAGGGUUACUCCGGCGGACGUCCUGGUGGUCAAGAUCUGGGUCGUGAUGGCUACUCGAGCGGUCGUCCAGGUGGUCGGCCCGGUGGCAACGGACAGGACAACCAAGAUGGCCAGGGAUACUCAAGCGGCAGGCCGGGUCAGGGAGGCAGGAAUGGAUUCGGACCCGGUGGUCAGAAUGGCGACAACGAUGGCAGCGGUUAUCGGUACUAGAAACGACUCCCUGACACAUUUAGCUAGAACCCUCGAAACAUAUAGCAAUAUCUAGAUUUAAGUCUUCCUAGAUCUAUUUCCAUUAACUUUUCCAGCAUCCUUCGACAUCUAUUUGUGCCCAUUUAUCUCUCUCUCUUUCUUUUACUAUCUUCCGUCCAUUAUGCUUCCUCGAUUCCUCGUAGUCAUAAGCCCCUUUUGUUGUAAAUGCAUGUGCGAAAAAUAACCCAAAAAAAGAAUGAAAUGAUAAAGCUAUUUCUG